AAUUUUGACGUUUUUGUCUAGUCGGUAAAAUGAGCUGCGAAAAAAUUAAUACGACAAUGUUAAUAUUCUAUCUCACAGGUCGUGAACGUAACUUUAACAAACGAGAUACUGAUAGCUUGGGCGUUAAAUACGAUCCGAAAUCAGUUAUGCACUAUGGCAAGUAAGUGUUCAUCAAUGUUUUCUAUAUUUAAACUGAAAACCUAAGACGGAAGCCAUGUGUGUAGCGUUAUCUAAUAAUGUUUUAUUCAAUUAAUAUUUAGCAAUGCUUUCUCAAAUGGUAAUGGUCAAACAAUAACUUGGAACGAUGACCCGACUUUGUCAUUGGGCGGAGAUGUAUUGACUGAAAAAGAUAUCGAACAAAUGAAUUUAUUUUACGAAUGCAAUGUCCAAACUACCGCAACUGCGACCACUGCGCCGGCUACGACUGCUACUUCCAUUACCACUACUCCUGAAAUAAUCACUACUACUGCUCCUACAACAACCACACCUACAACUGCUCCUACAACAACCACUACCACCACCACUACAACAGCCACUACCACCACACCCACUACCACUACUCCUGAAACAACCACUACCACCACACCCGCUACCACUACUACUGAAACAACUACUACUCCUACCCCUACUCCUACAACCACCACUACCACCACACCUCCAACAACCACUCCUACCACUACCACCACACCUCCAACAACCACUACCACCACACCUGCAACAACUACAACUGAAACAACCACUACCACUACUCCAACUACUCCUGAAACAACCACUACCACUACUACUGCUCCUACAACAACCACACCUACAACAGUUUGUCGAGAUAGAUCAAUAUUUUGCUAUUUGGUUGAAAUCCGAAGAACAACAUUAUGUCUCAGCCUCGGAACAAUUUGUCCUCGCUCAUGUCGCUUAUGUGGAUGAUAGAGAACAGCUGAGAAGAGUUAAAGAUUGUAUGAUUAUAAGGAUUAUAUAAUUUUUGGGUGAAUGCGUCACAAUUAAUUGAGAGAGAGGAAAGAUAUCAGUCUAAAACCGACUUUUAGCUUUGUUGCUAGUGUUCUCUUUCUUAAUCUAGCUGGCAAUCUGACAACUUUAAGCAACUUGUCAUUCGUUAUUUCUUUGUAUCGGUUUGUUCCGUUACU